AUGGCUACCACAAAGCGCGACGUGAGAAACCACGUCCUCUUCGAGGUCGCUACCGAAGUCGCCAAUCGAGUCGGUGGCAUCUACUCGGUGCUCAAGUCCAAGGCCCAGGUCACGACGGCAGAGUAUGGCUCGGCAUACACACUGAUCGGUCCUCUGAACCGCAACUCGGCAGCUGUCGAGGUUGAAGAGCUCGAGCCCAAGGAUCCCGCCAUGGUAGCGACCAUCAAGUCCAUGAACGAGCGUGGCAUCAAGACGCUAUAUGGAAGAUGGCUGAUCGACGGUGCUCCGAGAGUGCUGCUGUUCGACACUGGCACCGGUUACUACAAGCUCGACGAGUGGAAGGGCGACCUCUGGGCGACUGCUGGCAUUCCCUCGCCUGCUGACGAUCACGAGACUAACGAGGCCAUUGUCUUUGGUUACCUCGUUGCGUGGUUCCUUGGAGAGUACGUCUACCACGAAAAGGAGCGCGCCGUUGUCGCACAGUUCCAUGAGUGGCUCGCUGGUGUUGCUCUCCCUCUGUGUAAGAAGCGCAGAAUCGACGUCACCACCAUCUUCACCACUCACGCGACCCUCCUUGGUCGUUACCUCUGUGCCGGCUCUGUCGACUUUUACAACAACCUGCAGUACUUUGACUGCGACGCUGAGGCUGGAAAGAGAGGCAUUUACCACCGUUACUGCAUAGAACGCGGUGCUGCCCACGCCGCCGAUGUCUUCACAACCGUCUCGCAUAUCACUGCUUACGAGAGUGAGCAUCUGCUCAAACGCAAGCCCGACGGUGUCUUGCCCAACGGCCUGAACGUCAAGAAGUUCUCGGCAACCCACGAGUUCCAAAACUUGCAUCAAGUAAACAAAGAGCGCAUCAAUGACUUUGUUCGUGGCCACUUCUACGGCCACAACGACUUCGACCCCGACAAGACCCUGUACUUCUUCACCGCUGGUCGUUACGAGUACCGUAAUAAAGGUGUUGACAUGUUCAUCGAGUCCCUGGCCCGUCUCAACCACCGCCUCAAGGCAGCCGGCUCUGACAUGACUGUUGUCGCUUUUAUCAUCAUGCCCGCUCAAACCACCUCGCUCGCCGUCGAGGCCCUCAAGGGUCAAGCCGUUCUCAAGUCUCUCCACGAUACCGUCAGCUCUAUUGAGAAGAACAUUGGCAAGAAGCUCUUUGAGCGCUCUCUUGCAUGGCACGAGGGCCAGAACCCUCCUGAUGAGACCGGUCUCCUGACCGCAGAAGACAAGGUUUUGCUCCGCCGUCGUCUCUUUGCCAUGAAGCGCUCCAACCUGCCUCCUAUUGUUACUCACAACAUGGUCAACGACCAGGAAGACCCCAUCCUGAACCAGAUCCGCCGCUGCCAGCUCUUCAACCACCCUACCGAUCGCGUCAAGGUCGUUUUCCACCCCGAGUUCUUGAGCUCUGGUAACCCAGUUCUCCCAAUGGAUUACGAUGACUUUGUUCGUGGUACCCACUUGGGUGUCUUCUCUUCCUACUACGAGCCCUGGGGCUACACUCCCGCCGAGUGUACCGUCAUGGGUGUUCCUUCUAUCACCACCAACCUUUCAGGUUUCGGAUGCUACAUGGAAGAGCUGAUUGAAAACGCUCAAGAUUACGGUAUCUACAUUGUGGAUAGACGCAUGAAGGGUGUCGAUGACAGCGUCAACCAGCUCACCGAGUACAUGUUCGAUUUCGUCGGAAAGAGCCGCAGACAACGCAUCAACCAACGUAACCGUACCGAGAGAUUGAGCGACCUCUUGGACUGGAAGCGCAUGGGUAUGGAGUACGUCAAGGCCAGACAGCUGGCUCUCCGAAGAGCAUACCCUGCUUCAUUCGAGGGCGACGAGGAACCUGGCUUCUUCGACGGCACCGAGAUCAAGAUUUCUCGUCCUCUUUCUGCACCUGGCUCGCCAAGAGACCGCUCAGGCAUGAUGACUCCUGGUGAUUUCGCGUCUCUGCAAGAAGGCAGAGAAGGCCUGAGCACCGAGGACUACAUCGCUUGGAAGCUUCCUGAGGAGGAAGAUGUAGACGAAUACCCAUUCCCGCUCACCCUUCGAAGCAAGUCAUCGUCGACGAAUGGCACUGGCACCACGACACCUACCAACGGUACUGCAAGCAACCUGACUAGCAACACUAGCGGUGCUGCCUUUUAA